UAUCAGCCCUCAAUCCGGGUCUUGUGUAUGAUCUGACGGUAGACGAUUACCUGAACUUCCUCUGCGCACUGAACUACACAUCGUCGCAGAUCAACUCACUGGCGAGGAGAGAUUUCACUUGCGACGCCGGGAAGAAGUACAGCGUGAACGAUCUCAACUACCCUUCCUUCGCCGUCGUUUUCGAAGGCGCAUUGAGCGGCCAAGGCGGUGGAUCCACUGUGGUCAAGCACACAAGAACUCUUACAAAUGUCGGCUCCCCAGGAACUUACAAAGUCUCAAUCUCGUCGGAGACCAAGCUGGUUAAAAUCUCGGUGGAGCCAGAAUCUUUAAGCUUCACCAAAGCCAACGAGAAGAAAUCGUACACAGUCACAUUCACCACCGCGUCUGGUUCGGUGGCUCCGCCGAGUACGGAGGGGUUCGGUCGAAUUGAGUGGUCGGACGGGAAGCACGUGGUGGGAAGUCCAAUCGCGUUUAGUUGGUCGUAGAAAGAGGGAAAUGAAGAAGAUGGUUCUUUGAAUUUCCAUGGCUAACGGCCCAGAAGAUGGGGUGGUAUCGAUUGGGCAUGAAACUCGAUAGCUAAUGUAAUAUUUGUCGAUUUCACAGCAAAGAAAUGAAGCUGGAUUUAGUGUUUUAACGUUUUGUUCUAAAAAAAAAAAGGAAAGGAAAAAAGAAAAAAAAUUUGAUAAUAACAGAAAAUUGCGUUUGAUGCUUUUUUCCCCCCUCUAUGUACAGUAUUUGUAAUUGCUUGUGUCUGAUGCACUCACUUCAAUUGCUGGGAAGAAAAAAUAAUGUUCAAGUUGUGUUACAUUUCGCUCA